AUGGCAACGACACCAAGUUUGGGAAGGACCUUCUUGCAUCUACUCGUACGCCUUCUAUCGAUAUUCGCCCUUGUCCACGCUCAGAGUGCCUCAACUUCAGUCACUCAAUGGCCGGUGCAUAAUGAUGGCCUUAGUGACUAUGUCCGAUGGGACCACUACAGUUACAUCGUUAACGGACGGAGGACAUUUCUCUUCGGUGGCGAGAUGCACUAUUGGAGGAUACCAGUCCCAGAAAUGUGGGGUGAUAUCCUCGAGAAGAUAAAAGCCGCCGGUUGUAAUGCGUUUACCUUCUAUGGUCACUGGGGGUAUCAUGCUCCUAAUCCGACAACAUUGGACUUCGAGAAUGGUGCACAUAACUUCACGAAGCUGUUCGAACUCGCUCACAACCUUGGAUUAUACGUCUUUGUCCGACCAGGCCCCUACAUCAACGCAGAGGCAAAUGCUGGAGGCUUUCCUCUCUGGCUGACAACAGGAGACUAUGGGACAUUGAGAAACAACGACACCAGGUACACAGCAGCUUGGACUCCUUACCAGACAGAAUUCGCACAUAUAGUGUCCCAAUACCAGGUGACAAGUGGUGGCAAUGCUCUUACAUACCAAAUUGAAAAUGAGUAUGGGUAUCAGUGGACCAAUACGACCGCGAAAGCACCCAACGAGACCGGGAUUGCCUACAUGGAGCUUCUUGAAGCAAACGCCCGCCAGAAUGGUAUAACCAUUCCCCUGACCCAUAACAAUCCAAAUAUGUACUCGCUAUCCUGGUCUAAAGACUAUGACACUGCCGACGUGGGCGGCGAUGUCGACAUCUACGGACUGGACUCCUACCCAGCCUGUUGGAGCUGCAACCUUGCCGAAUGCACGAGUACCAACGGUCCGUAUGUGGCUUUCGAGGUACAAGAAUACUACGACCACUUUCAGUUGGCAGCUCCCACACAGCCGGAAUUCAUGCCUGAGUUCCAGGGUGGAUCUUACAAUCCCUGGGGCGGGCCACAAGGGGGAUGUCGCAACAACACAGAUGAGUACUUUGCUAACCUCUACUACCGGCACAAUAUUGCAGAACGUGUAACGGCAAUGUCCCUGUACAUGUUCUAUGGUGGAACGAACUGGGGUUGGUUUGCCGCUCCCGUCACCGCUACCAGUUAUGACUAUUCGGCACCCAUCUCUGAGGAUCGGUCAAUUAGCUCCAAGUACUAUGAAACAAAGAAUUUGGCCUUGUUCACGAGAGUCGCACAGGACUUGACCUUGACAAACAGAAUUGGCAACAGUACAUCUUAUUCGACGGAUCCUGCAAUCUCGACCACGGAGCUAAGGAAUCCGGAGACCUACGCUGCAUUUUACGUGACUAUUCAUGCGAACUCCUCGUCAUCUUCUGUGGACUCGUUCAAGCUCAGCGUCAGUACGUCUGCGGGAAAUUUCACUAUUCCACAGAAAGGCAGUUCUAUCGUCCUCGAUGGUCAUCAGUCGAAGAUCGUUGUUACAGACUUCCAUAUCGGCUCAGAGACCUUGAUCUACUCGACUGCGGAGGUCCUCACAUACGCAGUUUUUGAUGACGCUCCAACGCUGGUGUUAUGGGUCCCUUCUGGUGAGGGCGGCGAGUUCUACCUGAAAGGCACCACUUCCGGCUCGGUCUCUAAAUGCGAUGGCUGCUCAGAUGUCGGGUUCUAUCCAGAGAGCGACGGCCUCAUUGUCAUGUUCCAGCAACAAGCAGGAUCAACCGUUCUCAACUUCAACACAGGGACUCGAGUUGUGAUUCUAGACAGAACCUUUGCCUAUCGAUUUUGGGCACCUGCACUGACUACAAGUCCGCUAGUAUCACCGAAUGACACCGUCCUGGUGCAAGGGCCAUAUCUGGUCCGUGAUGCUACCAUACAAUCCCAAACACUUGCACUUACUGGCGAUAUCGACAGCGCGACGGAAGUUGAGAUCUUUGCUUCCAAGUCUGUGCAGUCAAUAUCGUGGAACGGGAAGUCCCUGAAUACCACGGCGACCGCCUACGGAAGUCUUGUCGGUCAGUUGGCCGCGCCAGCUGGGUUUGUAGUACCACAGUUUGGUCCCUGGAAGGUGCAUGACAGUCUUCCGGAGCGUCUGACAAACUACUCCGACGCAGGUCCUGCCUGGGUCGACGCAAAUCACAAUGUUACACCGAGCGUGUAUCAACCUGCGACACUGCCCGUGCUGUACGUGGACGAAUAUGGGUUCCACAGCGGCAUACACCUAUGGCGAGGAUAUUUCGACGGCCAAGCAAGCGGAGUAUUUCUUAACGUCCAAGGUGGAACGGCAUUCGGUUGGAGUGCUUGGCUGAAUGGGGGUUUCGUUGGGUCUUUCUUGGGAAACGCUUCCCUCGAGGCAGGCAAUAUGACUAUUUUCUUUUCCAACGCAACAGUGAAGGCUACCGGCAACGUGCUACUUGUGGUCCAAGAUAAUAGUGGCCAUGACGAGACAACUGGUGCUCUCAACCCACGUGGAAUAACAAAUGCCACUUUAAUUGGCGAGGCGGGAUUUACCGCUUGGAAAGUCGCGGGCACCGCAGGAGGUGAUGCGGCUCCUAUCGACCCUGUACGAGGGGAUCUCAACGAGGGUGGGCUCACAGGCGAAAGGCUUGGCUGGCAUCUCCCUGGGUUUGACGAUUCGGCUUGGGCGACCAGCUCUCCUGCAACCGGAUUUACUGGGGCAGGUGUGCAGUUCUACCGCACCACCUUCUACCUGGGUAUUCCAUCGAAUCAAGAUGUGUCACUGAGUUUCAGGCUCGGUAGCCUGGGGCCAGUCGAUUUUCGGUCUCUCCUUUUCGUCAACGGCUACCAGUAUGGGCGUUUCAAUCCUUACAUUGGCAAUCAAAUCGACUUCCCGGUCCCGCCUGGUGUGCUCAACUAUAAUGGCAACAAUACAGUGGCAGUCGCGAUCUGGGCACAAACUGAAGCUGGAGCAGCGGUGGAUGUUGAUUUAAAUGUCGAAUAUAUCACUGACACAUCGUACGACUUCACGUUCGACAGUGACUACCUCAGACCAGAAUGGACUGCAGCUAGGCUACAAUGCGCAUGA